UCCAUCUAGGCUUUCACCGUCUCACACACACACAGAGAGAGAGCAGCUGCACCGACGUAAGUGCGACGAUGGACGCGCCGGCCCCCGACAACAUCGCCGCUGAGGAGGGCGGGCAGCAACAGAUGCACCAGGACGACAAGGAGCACAGGCCGAUGUUCAGGAGAGUCAAGGACAGGAUGAGGAAGAUGAAGAACACCAUCGCCGGCCACGGCCACGAUCACGAUCACGAUCACGAGCAGGACACCGGGGGCGGUGAUAGCAACAGCACCGGCGAGGACGAGGAGGAUGCGGCGACGAGGGAAGCCGAGGUGGACAAGGGCGGAUACCAGCAGCAAGACGUCGAGGACAAGCCCAUCUUCGCGGACUCCAGUCCCGAGCAGCACGGCGCACCCAUGUACGACUCGGAGAGGAUCCCUGCGGCGGCCAAGGAGGUGGAGCACAACGACGCUCCGGCAGCGGCGCAGGAGGUGAAGCGCGACGACGCCGCGGGGAUGCGGCUCGGCGACUUGGGCGGCCCGCCGUCGGCGAAGGAGGUGAAGCUGGACGACACCCAGAGGGUGCCGCUCGGCGAUCUUGGCGCCCCGGCAGCGGCGCAGGAGGUGAAGCGCGACGACGCUCCGGGGGUUUGGCUUGGUGACCUUGGCGCCCCGGCAGCGGCGCAGGAGGUGAAGCCCAACGAGGCUCCGGGGGUGCGGCUUGCUGACCUUGGCGCCCCGGCAGCGGCGCAGGAGGUGAAGCGCGACGACACCCAGGGGGUGCCGCUCGGCGAUCUCGGCAGCCCUGUCGUCGAGGACCCGGCCGUGCCGAACUCGAGCACGCCCAUGCCGCCAGGUGGCCAAGACAUCGGCACGACGGAUGCCGUCCGUAACUUGGAGGCGAUGACUGUGUCAGACGACCCCAAGCAAGUCGGCGCACGGAAGAUGGACGUCGACGUGAGCAAAGAGUAUGAGGCAAUGCCGGUGUCGGACGGCACCGGGGAGGAACGGAACGACGCACCCACGGACGCCGAGUACACCGGGAGCGACACGGACAGGCUCAAGAAUACGGCAGCUGGCACGGUAUAUGAGAAGGUCGCCGGCGUCGGCACGGUCAUGGCGAGCAAGGCGCAGCUGGUCACCCCCGGCGUCGGCGCUGGCGGGAACGCGCAGGACGACUCCAGCGCAACUGCCGCCCCUGAAUCGGUGACCGCCGGUGCCGGGAAGAGGGACCUCGACUUGCCGCAAGAGGGAACGCGGGCGUCCUACACCGGCACGGAGGGGCUGAAGAACGCCGCCACGGACGCGACGACGGAGGGCGCGCCUGGCGCGACGUACACGGACAUGAUCAAGUCCGCGGCGGCGGGCACCACGGAGUACGGCAAGAAGCUGGCGAGCACGGUGUACGACAUGAUCAAGUCCGCGGUGGCGGGCACCACGGAGUACGGCAAGAAGCUAGCGAGCACGGUGUACGAGAAGGUCGCCGGCGUCGCUACGGCCGUGGCGAGCAAGGCCCAGCAGGUGACGACAUCGGCCGGCACCGCGGUGCUUCACGGCGCGGCUCCAAGAACCAACACGAAUGUGAUGUGAAGUGCAGCCUGUGAUCACUGAUCAGUGCGCCGGGGUCGAUCGUGGGAUCGCUGGAAUAAGUCGCCUGGUGUUGGGGUUCAUCUGGGGCUUCAUCGUUCCUAUAUUUUGGGCAAAACGUGUUCUACAGGUGUUCGUGUGAGUUUCACACGGUUUUGUAUGUCUGUAAAUCAUGUACGGUACGCGUGUGUAUGUACAUGUUUCUGUCUGUCUGUAAAUUCUUUUCAACUUCACGUGUGUAAUCUGUGUCUUCAAACACUCGAUGUUUCUUCGUC